CAGUCUCCAAUAUUCGACAAGUCUUGUGCAUGUAUACUUACUUUAUGAUACAAACAUAUUCUGUCACAGCCACUCGGUCUAUUAAUGAUCACUCCAGCCUGAAUUAAACUGCUAAAGUAUGCUGUCUUAAGCCCUCCGCAAAGAUCUUACAUGAGAUUUUGGCGACGAGGUUGGCAUGGCCUGCUCAUCCUAGCUCAUGGAAUACCAAGACCUCUAAUACUAAAUACGAUGUCGCAUUACAAGUAGUUGAAUCCCUUGAGUUGCGCUUUAAUUCUCCGGCUCCUUAAUUUGUCCAUCUGAAGCUUAGGAAGAUCCAAAGCAAAUUUACACCGGCUGCUCCUAGAAUACAACUCGAUCGAGGGCGAUCAAAUCAGGACCACGAUGGAGCAGAAGGUGUAUGUUCACAAUGGAUAAAUGGUGCCAUAUCUAUGAUCAGUAACAUCUAGGUAAAUCAAGUAAAUCAAGGUUAAAAAAAUCCAAAAACCAAAAAAGAUGGCUUAUAAACGUCAUGAGGGCUCCAUAUCUCAUCUGACAGAGAAGGAGUUAUCACCGUCAAUUCCCCGUUUUUUCCAUGUACUGAAUGAUGCUCAUGUCUUACAUGCACUGCGCUUGCCAUCUUCAUUUGCUCCAAAGGUGGAGCACUUGGUGGACCAAGAAAUCCUCCUUGAGGAUUUAUGUGGGCAGAUAUGGCCUGUGACUCUAUCAUAUGUUGACAAUGCAUUAUCAUUCGCAUUGGGAUGGGAAAUAUUUUAUAGGGACCAUGCUCUUGAGGGGGGAUGUUCCUUGAUAUUUAACUAUGUAGGAGAGAGGCACAUGUCUGUUCAAAUAUAUGAUCCAAGUGGUUGCGAAAGAACUUGCUUCACCUAUCCAGUGCGACAACUGAACAAUCAGAACUGCUAUAAUGUUGGGGUUGAGGAGAUUUCUGAAAUGGGAUCAGCUCCUCGAACUGCAGCCAUGGGGAUGCCUCAAAGAAAGGGAGUCUCUAUUUCCGAUAUCCAUAAUGGGUUUGGGAAGCCGAUGGGAGGUAUUGCCAAGGAGAAAAUGGGUGCCUCCGGGCAAGUAAUCCUAACGAAGGUAGAACUUGUGCAUGUAAAACAAGAAAUUUGUUUGGAAGAGGAAAUGGAUGCAACCCCAUCUGCAAAUGCUAGCCACUCAUCAAAGGACCCUAUUAGCCCACCGCCCGUAUAGUGUUUGCUUUCUUUAUUUCACUAUUAAUUACAUCCAAUCUUUUGAAACAUUCUAAAUUCUUGCAUUUGUAACGCAAUAGAGUUGACACAUUCAGAUAGGAGCUCUAUGGAUCUAUUCAACUGUAAGUCUUUCCCCUCCCAACCACCUGGAUUUUAAUAUCGGUUCUGUGCUUAAAAACAUGGUGUUGUGUGCAUUUUUUUCUUAGAAGAUGUGAGAGAUUUGUGUUUUAUUUGAUCAAAUGUGUGCUUGUUUAUAUGGGUUAUGAAUUGCUGGAAUUGAUCUAUUUUGCUUUUUUGGCCAUUGGGUUAUGUUGUAAUUAAAUUUGAGUCCUACUGGUAUUGAUGUGUUUUAUUGUUUUUUAUUUGUUGGAAUUGAGCCAUGCUGCUUCCCAUUUGUUGGUUUU